AUGCCUCAACUUCCAUUGCAAGACAGGAACACAAUGCAAGAUGGUCAAUGGGUGGCCCAAGUGUGUCCCAUUGCCCUCAUGCAAGGACAUCCGGUGUGGAGCAGGGACUCAAUGCAAGAUGGUGGAAGGGUCUCCAAAGUGUGUCCAUUGCCUUCAUGCAAGGACAUCCAUUGUGGAGAAGGGACCCAAUGCAAGAUGGUCAAUGGGUGGCCCAAGUGUGUCCCAUUGCCUUCAUGCAAGGACAUCAAGUGUGGAGCAGGGACUCAAUGCAAAAUGGUUGAAGGGUCUCCAAAGUGUGUCCCAUUGCCCUCAUGCCUCAACUUCCAGUGUGGAGAAGGGACCCAAUGCAAGAUGGUCAAUGGGUGGCCCAAGUGUGUCCCAUUGCCUUCAUGCAAGGACAUUCAUUGUGGAGCAGGGACCCAAUGCAAGAUGGUUGAAGGGUCUCCAAAGUGUGUCCCGUUGCCUUCAUGCCUCAACUUCCAUUGCAAGACAGGAACACAAUGCAAGACGGUCAAUGGGUGGCCCAAGUGUGUCCCAUUGCCCUCAUGCAAGGACAUCCAUUGUGGGGCAGGAACUCAAUGCAAGAUGGUUGAAGGGUCUCCAAAGUGUGUCCCAUUGCCUUCAUGCAAGGACAUCCAUUGUGGAGAAGGGACCCAAUGCAAGAUGGUCAAUGGGUGGCCCAAGUGUGUCCCAUUGCCUUCAUGCAAGGACAUUCAUUGUGGGGCAGGAACCCAAUGCAAGAUGGUGGAAGGGUCUCCAAAGUGUGUCCCAUUGCCCUCAUGCCUCAACUUCCAUUGUGGAGAAGGGACCCAAUGCAAGAUGGUCAAUGGGUGGCCCAAGUGUCUUCCAGUCCCAUCAUGCCAGAACACCCGUUGUGGGGCAGGAACCCAAUGCAAGAUGGUUGAAGGGUCUCCAAAGUGUGUCCCAUUGCCCUCAUGCAAGGACAUCCAUUGUGGAGAAGGGACCCAAUGCAAGAUGGUCAAUGGGUGGCCCAAGUGUGUCCCCAAGCCCUCGUGCCACAACUUCCAAUGCAAGGGAAGGUCCCGGUGCCACAUGGUGGCCGGGAGACCCAAGUGUCUCCCCACCCCUUCGUGCCGCCUCUUCCAGUGCGAUGAAGGCAUGAGGUGCAAGAUGGUUGGGGGUUGGCCCAAGUGCGUCCACCUCGCCCCAUCCUGCCACCUCAUUCGCUGUGCCAAGGGCACCCAAUGCAAGAUGGUCAAUGGGUGGCCCAAGUGCGUGCGGAAGCAGCUCUUCCUAAGGGAAGCUCCGUCCCCUCCAGGUCUCCAGAGGUCACCUUCGUGCCACCAGCACCCUUGUCCCCAAGGGACCACAUGUAAGGUGCUUGAUGGUUGGCCCCGGUGUGUCCAAGAUAAGACGUCCUUGAGGAGACCUUCUUGUGGUGACAUCCAAUGCCCUAAAGGGACCACCUGCAAGAUGACCAAUGGGUGGCCUCACUGUGUCCAAGCCCAACCCACCUGCCGGGACAUCCAGUGCCAGCCAGGAGCCAGGUGCCAUGCCGUCAACGGUUGGCCACGGUGCGUCCCAACCAAGGCAUCCCCAAGCCAACUGUGCCGAGAUGUCCGAUGUCCCAAAGGCACCUCCUGCAAGGUGAUGGAGAACCAACCACGCUGCGUCCAGCACCCUCCUUCCUGCGAUGACAUCCAGUGCCAGCAAGGAACCGUGUGCCACAUGGUGGAUGGGUGGCCUUGGUGUGGCCCAAUGAAGAUCUCCCACCCCUCCGUGCUCCUCAAGCCACCGUCAUGCCAAGAGGUCCAUUGCCAGAAGGGGACCGUGUGCAAGAUGCUGGAUGGGUGGCCCAAGUGUGUUGGUCCCCUGCCCUCAUGCGGGGACAUCCAGUGUCCCAAGGGCACCAUGUGCCAGAUGGUUGGGUCUUGGCCUAAGUGCGUCCAUAACCCCCCUUCCUGCAGCAGCUUCUGGUGCCCCAAAGGGACCUCAUGCUCCAUGGAGCGUGGUUGGCCUCGAUGUGUGCAGAAAGGCCUGGUCCAUCACCAGGGAGCUCCUCCAGCUUGGCUUGGGCCAAGGAAGACUUCCAAUGCACGUCCCAUCCCAAAGCAAGCACCAAAGAUGAGGCCAACUUGUGCUGAGGUGAGAUGUCACCAUGGGACCACGUGUAAGAUGCUGGAUGGUCAACCUCAAUGUGUCCAUCAGCAACCAACCUGCAGCAACAUCCAGUGCCAGAAGGGGACCAUGUGCCAGAUCAUUGAUGGUUGGCCAAGAUGCAUCCAAGACAAGACCUCCAUUAGGAGACCUUCAUGCAGCGACCUCCAAUGCCCCCAUGGAACCACCUGCAACAUGGUCAAUGGCCAACCCCAGUGUGUCCAGACCAAGGUACCCCCAAGGCCACCUUCCUGCCAUGACCUCCAGUGUCCCCAAGGGACCACGUGUAAGAUGCUGGAUGGUCAACCUCGCUGUGUCCAUCAGCAACCAACCUGCAGUGACAUCCAGUGUCAGAAGGGAACCUCCUGCCAGAUCCUUGAUGGUUGGCCAAGAUGUAUCCAAGCCAAGACCUCCAUAAGGAGACCUUCAUGCAGCGACCUCCAGUGUCCCAAAGGGACCACCUGCAACACGGUCAAUGGGUGGCCUCAAUGUGUCCAUCACCAACCUUCAUGCAGUGAUGUCCACUGUCAAAAGGGUGCCACCUGCAACAUGGUCAAUGGCCAACCCCAAUGUGUCCAAUCCAAGAUCUCCAUUAGUAGACCUUCCUGCAGUGACCUCCAGUGUCCAAAGGGAACAACGUGUAGCAUGGUCAAUGGUUGGCCCCAAUGUGUCCAUCACCAACCUUCAUGCAGUGAUGUCCACUGUCAAAAGGGUGCCACCUGCAACAUGGUCAAUGGCCAACCCCAAUGUGUUCAAUCCAAGAUCUCCAUUAAGAGACCUUCCUGCAGUGACCUCCAGUGUCCAAAGGGAACAACGUGUAACAUGAUCAAUGGGUGGCCUCAAUGUGUCCAUCACCAACCUUCAUGCCAAGACAUCCAAUGCCAGAAGGGGACCAUGUGCCAGAUCAUUGAUGGUUGGCCAAGAUGCAUCCAAGACAAGACCUCCAUAAGGAGACCUUCAUGCAAUGACCUCCAAUGUCCCAAAGACACCACCUGCCACAUGGUCAAUGGCCAACCCCAGUGUGUCCAGACCAAGACCUCCAUAAGGAGACCUUCAUGCAGUGACCUCCAAUGUCCCAAAGACACCACCUGCAACAUGGUCGAUGGCCAACCCCAGUGUGUCCACACCCCCCCCUCAUGCCAUGAUGUCCAAUGCCAGAAGGGGACCUCCUGCCAAAUGGUUGAUGGUUGGCCAAGAUGCAUCCAAGACAAGACCUCCAUAAGGAGACCUUCAUGCAAUGAUCUCCACUGUCCCCAUGGAACCACCUGCAACAUGGUCAAUGGCCGACCCCAGUGUGUCCAGACCAAGGUACCCCCAAGGCCACCUUCCUGCCAUGACCUCCAGUGUCCCCAAGGGACCACGUGUAAGACGCUGGACGGUCAACCUCGCUGUGUCCAUCAGCAACCAACCUGCAGUGACAUCCAGUGUCAGAAGGGAACUUCCUGCCAGAUCCUUGAUGGUUGGCCAAGAUGUAUCCAAGCCAAGACCUCCAUAAGGAGACCUUCAUGCAGCGACCUCCAGUGUCCCAAAGGGACCACCUGCAACAUGGUCAAUGGGUGGCCUCAAUGUGUCCAUCACCAACCUUCAUGCAGUGAUGUCCAGUGUCAAAAGGGUGCCACCUGCAACAUGGUCAAUGGCCAACCACAAUGCGUCCAAUCCAAGAUCUCCAUUAGUAGACCUUCCUGCAGUGACCUCCAGUGUCCAAAGGGAACAACGUGUAACAUGGUCAAUGGGUGGCCUCAAUGUGUCCAUCACCAACCUUCAUGCCAAGACAUCCAGUGCCAGAAGGGGACCUCCUGCCAGAUGGUUGAUGGUUGGCCAAGAUGCAUCUCAGCCAAGACCUCCAUAAGGAGACCUUCAUGCAAUGACCUCCAAUGUCCCAAAGGAACCACCUGCACCAUGCUCAAUGGCCGACCCCAGUGUGUCCAGUCCAAGUUCUCCAUUAUCAGACCUUCAUGCAGCGACCUCCACUGUCCCCGUGGAACCACCUGCAACAUGGUCAAUGGCCAACCCCAGUGUGUCCACAACCAACCAACCUGCAGUGACAUCCAUUGCCAGAAGGGAACCUCCUGCAACAUG